UCCAAGGAGAGGGUCAGGUCUUUUCGGUCGAUCUGUCUCUUCCUCCCGAUCUUCUUCCAUCUCCCUCGACCGAUCCAUAAAACAAAAAAUAAAAAUAAAAAUAAAUUAAAUUUUAACAUUUUCGUUAGAUUUUAUAUAUAUUUUGUUCUUUUCCUCGAUUAAACAAAAUGGGAGACUACGAUUCGAAGAGAAAGAAGAGAAUUGUCGUGAUCAGCAUCUCUUCUUUCGUCUUGUUGGCAAUCGUGGUUGCUGUGACUGUCGGGUACGUCCGCAAUCACAGCAACCCCGCUGCCGCGCAUGGCGGUUCGGGUUCUCAUGAUGUCUCUGCCUCCAUGAAAGCCAUCAAAACCAUCUGCCAGCCAACAGAUUACAAGCAAGCUUGCAUCGACAGCCUCUCGUCGGCGGCCGGAAACUCCUCUGACCCGAAAGACCUCAUCCAGGCCUCAUUCAAGGUGGCGAUGAAGCAGGUGUCGAACGCAGCCCAGCGCUCGACCGUGCUCCAAGAGCUCGAGAAGGACCCAAGGGCCGCACAGGCGCUUCAGAACUGCAAGGAGCUCAUGGACUACGCCAUCAGUGACCUCCAGACCUCCUUUCAGCAGGUCGCCGAUUUUGACGUGACCAAGCUCGGCAAGCUCGUCGCCGACGUGAAGGUCUGGCUCAGCGCCGCCAUCACGUACCAAGAGACGUGCCUGGAUGGGUUCCAGAAUACGACCGGGUCAGCCGGGGAGAACAUGAAGAAGGCGCUCAAGACCUCGGCGGAGCUUACCAAGAACGGGCUCGCCAUCAUCGACGAGUUCGAGUCGGUGUUCACGUCGCUGCAGAUCCCGUCAUUCAGGCGCCGCCUUCUUGCGGAAGACGGCAGCGAUGUGCCGGAGUGGGUUGACGCGAAGAGGAGGCGGUUGCUGCAGGCGUCGCCGGCGGAUCUGAAGCCGAACAUGGUGGUGGCGAAGGAUGGAAGCGGGGACUUCAAGAGCUUAAAGAGGGCCAUUGAGCACAUUCCGAAGAAGACCAACACCACAUUUGUGCUGUACAUUAAGGAAGGAGUGUACAACGAGGUUGUGCGCUUCAACAAUACCUUGAAACACCUGGUGCUCAUCGGCGAUGGCCCCACCAAGACCAGGAUCACCGGCCGCCAGAACUUCGUCGACGGCACGCCCACCUUCAAGACCGCCACUGUUUCCGUCCUGGGAGACUUCUUCAUGGCCAAGAACAUCGGGUUCGAGAACAGCGCCGGGCCGGAAAAGCACCAGGCUGUGGCGCUCCGCGUCCAGGCCGACCAGUCCAUCUUCUACAACUGCCACAUCGACGGGUACCAAGACACCCUCUACGCCCACGCCAAGCGCCAGUUCUACCGUGACUGCCGCAUCUCCGGCACUAUCGACUUCAUCUUCGGCGACGCCGCCGCCGUCUUCCAGAACUGCACCAUGGUGGUCCGGAAACCAAUGGAGAACCAGCAGUGCAUCGUCACGGCCCAGGGCCGAACCGACCGCCGCCAGCCCUCCGCCCUCGUAAUCCUCAACUCCAGGUUCGUCUCCGACCCGGCUUACUACCCCGUCCGCAACCAGCAGAAGUCCUACCUGGGCCGCCCAUGGAAGGAGUUCUCCCGAACCAUCAUCAUUAACUCCUUCAUCGACGAUCUGAUUCAACCGGCCGGCUGGCUCCCCUGGAUGGGCGACUAUGGUCUGAAGACCUGCUUCUACACCGAGUUCAAGAACCAAGGACCUGGGUCUCCGACCGGCAGCCGGGUCAAGUGGCAGGGCAUCAAGACCUUGACGGCGAACCAGGCGGCUGAUUUCGCGCCAGGAAAGUUCAUCGACGGCGACAGCUGGAUCGCUCCCUCCGGAGUGCCCUACUCUUCUGGCCUCACUAUGUCUGGGUCUGUAUCUGAAUUUGAAACCGUCCCAGGGGCUGUGAAUGCGCCCGCACCGCCUCCGGCUUAAGUUUAGAGAUGACUUGUUUUGUUGUUGUAUGAUGACAUUCAUAGAUAGGAUGAUCAUCAUCAUCAUCAUCUAUGUGGGGUUAUGGAUUGCGGAUAUGUGCGUGUAGAGAGUCUGAAAUUAAAAUGGAAGGUUCUUUGUGCAUAUACUAUACAUACAUAUAUACAAAGUUAUAUAUAUGGCCGUACCU